AUGAGAGAGUAUGCUGAGGCCCAUAAUUCCAUAGCAGACACCAUGCAGCAGCUGGAGACCAGGAUAGAGGCUUAUGAAGCACGUAUGGCUGAUGUGGACGAUCGGUCCCGCCGGAAUAACAUCAGGUUACAUGGCAUUCCGGAUCUCUGAAAUUGCAUGAUCUAAGAAAAUUUAUCACAGGCCUAUUUUGAACCUUGGCUCCAGACCUCUAUAGCGGCAACCUGUUAAUGGACAGAGUCCAUAGGUUUCAACACCCCCGACACUUAUCUGAAACCGUUCCAAGAGAUGUCAUUCUGAGGGCACAUUAUUUUUACGCUAAGGAGAUUAUACUGAAAGCCAGCCUUUCAAGAACAGACUUACCUGCAGAAUCUUCUCAAAUCAAUUUUUUUCCGAUUUUUCAGAUGCCACGCUCCGGACUAGGAAGACAUACCAGCCGGUGACUGCGGCCCUAAGUGAGCAGCACAUCUUGUAUCACCAGGGUUUUCCCACCAAGCUACUGGUGAACAGGAAUGGGACUGUGACAAUCAUCACGUCCCCUGACGAAGGUUUACGCAUUUUACGCCAAUGGAACCUAUCGACUGGUUCUAUUUCAUCGUUUGGGUUCUCUCCUAGAAAGCUGAGACUGGAAUGGCAUAGAUUACCGAAUAAUAGCACAGCUGCUAUACAACCAUGA